AGCUUGUUCCUAAGGUGUCCUCUUUUGUGGAGCUCUUCACUUGUAAAGAAAGAAGAAGCAGAAAUGCAGCGUUUUGGAUUUACACCUGCAGACACUUCCAGUGGUGGGCUUUGCCUUUCAGUGUUUUACCGUUCAUCACUCUUGGAUAUAAGCUCCGAGUCAUCCACCCCCUUGUGUUCACAAUUUCUAUUAGAUUAUGUUGGAAGCCCAUUAGCAGAUCCACUGAAGAGGUUCCCCCAUGUUCCUUUGUCACAUGGCUCUACAUCCUCUCCCAUUCUCAAGGAGAUAGCUGAUCUUGCCCCUCAUCCUCCUGAGACAUCACUAGCUCAUAAGAAGAGUAGGAACUUUGAUGAGUACCGUCUUUCCCCUACUUUUUCUCCCUCUCCCUCACCAUCACCGCCAAUCUAUGUUCCUGGGAAUCAUCUGCCGAAGGCUCUUUUAUGUUCUGAAAGUGCUCCAGUGAACGUACCUGGUCCUAAGCUUGCUAUUUCCACUGCAUUGUCCAACAGGCAAAGUUUGCUCCCAUCACCUCCCUGUAAGCUUACAAAUCCCCAUACUUCUGAGGCUGAUAAUACUGUUGGUCCAAUUCAAAUUGGUGCAACACUCGAUAAGAUAUUUUAUCUUCUCAGCAUUGUUAUCUUGCAGUUUCAGGAGUAAUAUUUUAUAAAGGGUUUCUUUUUGUCUGUUGUAGCUAUUGUCUUUUGGGAGAGAAGAUGGUAGAAGAACAUCUGGGGUGAAGAUAUCUUCCAACAGCUCAUCGCAGAUUUCAUUUUUGCAAAGUUCUAGUAGGUCCUGCCAGGAUGAUUUUGAUGACAUCGAGUUUCUUUCCCUUUUGAUGUGGAGGAUGAUGAUAUCACAGAUCCAAGUAGCAGGUAAUACAUAGAAAUCAUCUAGUAAAUUCUACUUCUCAGUUAUUUUAAUCAAAUAGUUUACUGAUUCCCCAAUGUGUUUCUGUACGUAGCAUCUUGCUUUCCACUAGUUAGGGAUUUUUUUUUGGCCCAAUUAACUUGUUGCAGCUUUGUAGGAUAUAUUAUAGACGAGAGGGCAAAUUAGAUGAAAAAAUUGUCUCAGUAGUGUGUCUAGAAUGUGAUAUUCUGCUUAUGCAAUUAAGGGUCAUAAUAGCAGGGAAACAGAUCAUAUUGCAUUGCCCUCAUAACUCAUAAGGUAUUUGUUUUCAAUCAGAACAACACCUCUUGAUUUGCUUCUCAAUUGUCUUGAUUCUAAUUGUUGUUAAUUUUACAUCUUUUAAAGGCAAGGAGUGAUCUUGUAAACACUCUGUUUAUACGUGUUGCAUGAUGAGGUCUUAUCAGUUGUUUGUGAUUUGUGCGUGAAUGGGACUUCUUCUGAAGUAAAAUUCUUGUAGCGGUUUCUUGUCUCAAAUCAUUUAGGUUCAGGGUUUGAUUCUGUGUCUUUUAUGCCACCGUUGUGUUCUAGUCAUUUAAGAAGUGAAACGUUUUUAGUUCUCCAUUUGUUUUUGCAUUUGUCAGAUUUUCCUUCUUGAUGAAAUUUAAAUAUUUCUGGUCUCUCUUUAGAUCUGAUGUUAGCAUAAAAAGAUGGCCUUUCU